AUGCCGAAGGAAAAGAAACCCAAAAAGCCCAAAAAGGCCGUCCCCGAGAUCCAGCCCGUGGAUGGGCUGAGUGCGGUGGAUCGCCAGUUCUACGAAAUCACCAUCAACGACCUGAACCAGAAGUUGGCCCGGUUGCGAACGCACAAUGUGAAGAUCGAGGAACGCAAUGAAGAACUCGAGAGUCGGCUGAAACAGAUCGAGGAAGACCGAGCUGACGUGACGGCGUACCUUGACCGGACGCUGCAGGAGAAGCUCGGCACCAUCGUGGAGUUGGAGGAUAAACUGAGCGAGUUGUCGAAGGUGCGCGAUCAGGAAAACGAGGAAUGCCGCAAGCAAAUCAACACCCUCGAUGGCAAGUACAAGGCAAUGCACGAGCAGCUCACGUCCGAGAUCAAACUGCUCACCGGGAAGCUCAAUUCGAUGGAGGAGUUCCGCUUGCAGCGAGAUGAGCUGAUGGCGAAGUUUGACGCCCAAGACACGGAGCUGAAAGAGCAGAACAAACGCCACAAAUCGACGCUCUACGAGAUGGAGCGAAAGGUCAUCUUGGAUAAGGACCGGCUGCGUAAGGACGUCGAGAAUAAAUUGCUGCAGUUAUCCACCGAGUUCACCAAGUCAUCGGAGAUUCGUGUGGCGGCUCACACGCAGCGCUUGGUGCGUGAAAACAUCGCGCUGAAUAACGAGAUGGACCGUAUGAUCUACACCCAGGAGCGUCUGCAGAAACAGUUCACGGAGCUACGCCGACAGAAUGCGGAACUGCGAAACCAGGCCGAAAUCGACAUUGUCGAGAAGCAGCGACUGAUGCAGACCUGCCAGGAGCGGUUGGACACGAUCAAGCAGCUGACAGAUCAGUUCGAGGCAGUGCUGCAAAAGAACGGUGAACUGAACGCGUUCCGAUUGCGAGCUGGCGAGCUGGAGAGUGAGAACAAGUCCACCCGCAAGGACUACAACCAGCUGCGACAGAAGGUGCGCGUGCUCGAGCAGUACGUCCAUUACAUCAACUCUGACCGGCAGGGAUUGCGUUCGGACUCUGAACACCACCGGCGGGAGUUUGAGCGCAUCUCGGAGAUCCUAAAGACGGUGCGGUACACUGUGCGAUCUGCGUUUAAGGGUGAGGAUGAGGACUCCGAUCUGCCCUACCAGGAGAUCAAGCGAAAACGGCUCAUUGCGGACCUGUUGAAUACGCUGAACGAACUCGAGAUGCAGUCCAGGGUGGAGCAAUCUGUCGAGACGAUCGUCGCUUCGUUGACGGAGUUGUACGAUCAGGGUGAUCUUGGCGUUAUUCCGCGUGAGUCCAUGGACACGAUCCUGCGUAAGACCCAGGGAUGCGAUGAAGCGAGUGAGUCCGCCAUAAUCAGCUCCAGCACGACGGCAUCUCCCGUUGGUGGAGAUGACAGGGCCGACGAGGCUAGCAAGACAACCCUGGGCGAUGAGGAUGCGGGCAUCAUCGAUGUUGUCAGUGGAUCGCGGCUUGUGUUCGUUGGUUCGAACGAAUCACUGGAAGAAGUCGAAGAAGGUGGCGCGGCUGAAGAUCAGGAGCAUGCUGAAGGCGAUGAGGACGAAUCGGACGAGGGCGAGCGGAAGAAGCGACAGGCAGAAGGCGACGAAGAGGAACCGGAAGAUGAAGCAGAGUUCGGAGAUGAUGAAGCCAGCCAGCAGCAGCAAGGAUCAGUCGCGGACGGUGUCAUCGUUGAUGCACCCGAAUCGAUCGAGGACGAAACGAUCGAGUUUGCUGGUUCGAAGAGUGAAUCGGAUUGAGAAUAAACGGAAAUGGCCAUACUGGGGGUU